AUGUACCUGACCAAGGGUAUGCCCGUGGAAACAGAAGUCUACGGCGACCCCACCGUCCACCCCCAGCCAGAGCACUACUGGGGCAAUGUAAACUCAUUCGGCCCACGAGCCUGCUACGACGAAGGAAAACGCGUCGCCGAAGCCCUCUGCUACGCCUACAGGGAGCAGCACAACGUCGACAUUCGCAUCGCGCGCAUAUUCAACACAUACGGACCACGCAUGGGCGCGAGCGACGGCCGCGUCGUUUCAAGCUUCAUCGCAUCUGCAUUGGCCGGUGAAGAUCUGAAAAUUACCGGUGAUGGCAUGGCAACUCGCUCGUUUCAAUAUGUUACCGACUGCACGCAGGGUCUGUAUGCGCUCAUGCAGAGCGACUAUAGCAAAGGCCCGGUGAACAUCGGUAAUGAUGGGGAAUUCACUAUCCAGCAACUAGCUGAAAUCGUGAUUGGGCUUGUUUCGCAAAUGAUUGGCCGGUCAACCGUCUCUAUUGCGUAUCUGCCGCCAUUGGUGGAUGAUCCCACGGUGCGUCGGCCGGAUAUAACGUUGGCGAGAGAAGUGCUGCAAUGGGCACCGGUUAUCCGGCUGGAAGAGGGAUUGCGGAGAACAAUUGCGUGGCAUAUCAAUGAGGGGCGGUCUGGCUAA